GGAAGCCGGAGCAUCAAGUCGUAUAGGUUAUAGGGUAGAGAGAAAGAGAGAGAGAAAAGGAGAGAGAGAGAAGGCUGAAAUCAUUCUAGGUGGAAAACUCGAAACAGCUCGCUUGGAAAGGCUCAGACGCCCUAACAGAUAUUUGAAACAGCGAGAAGCGCUAUCAGAUGAGAGGCUGGACAGCUGCCUAACCUGUGCUCCCAGUCCUGAGCAUAUACACUGAAGUGAAGACUAAAAAAAAAAAAAAAAAAAAAAAAGAGGGGUUUUUGCCUGCAGUGAGAAGCAAAAAAAAAGUUGAAGGUGAGAAAUAAGAGUGAGGAGACACAUAUUGGCAGUUGGGAGCAGAAGAACGAAAAAGAUCAGAUCUACAGAGAGAGAAAGGAGGAGGUGGUAGAGGAGGAGGAGAGGACUCAGGUCUGGAUUCAGGGGUGAUGGAGAAGCUGCCCAUCUACCACGGACCCAUCGGCAAGGAAGAAGGCGAGAGGCGGCUGGGCCAGGACGGCCGAGAUGGGUGCUACUUAGUCCGCAACAGUGACUCUUUACCAGGUGUCUACUGCUUAUGUGUACUGUGUAAUGGGUAUGUGUACACGUACAGGCUGCACAAGGACAACGGAGGCUCCUGGGCAGCAGAGACCACUCCUGGUGUGCAGAAACGAUAUUUCCGGCAAAUCAGGAACUUGAUAGCAGCCUUCCAGAAGCCCGGACAAGGAAUUGCCAUGCCUCUGCUUUACCCUGUCACUGCUCAGAGACGGGCACAAACACACACAGAGGCACAGACACCCGGUAAUAGCCUGUCAACGACACACAGCAGCCCCAACGCAUGCCUCCGAUAGAUGCCACAUGCUGCACAGACACACAGAAACAGGAACAAGAAGAAGGCCCAAACCGCACCACUGACAUAAUUAUACCACAGUCAGUAUGUUGAUUAAAAUCUUUUAACAUCCACUCAUUUAGAAUUAGGGUUCAUCUACUAGUUUCUGUCAUAAAGAUGGAUCUGAAGCUCAUCUUCAGCUACGCGAGUUUAAACAUGGCUCAAAUGUUACCCUAACUCUAAAAUGGGUCACUGACAGAUGUAAAAAGUGUUGAAAUGAAACCUACUGCUGAGUCCUGAACGCUGUAUACAACCUGUUUUCUUUACCUCAGACAUUUUCCAGUAAAUUAGUUUCUAUUUUUGUAACCUUUUCAUUGUCACUCUUCUCAUGUGGGGAUCCUUUCAGAGGGAACAUCAUCUAGUUUCUGUUUUUAUCAUGUGGCUGGAGCACAACUUGAACUACAUGGCUCAAGUGAAUCCCUAUAAGGAGUUAACUGUGACCUGAUAGAUGUCAGUAUGUAUUAAAAUGAAGCCUCCUGUUGCAUCCUGAAUGCUGUAUACAAACUAUUUUCUUUACCUCUGACAUUUUCCAGUAAAUCAGUUGUUCUUUUCAUGCAACCCACCUGAAGUGAACAAUUGUGCAGCUAAUAUGCAUGUAUUAGACUUGAUUUGAAAGUGAACAUCUGUGUGUAACAUGUGGCUGAAACAAAUUCACAUGAAGUACGACAUGAAAAUGUAACCUGAUCCUGACCCUAACCCCACCAUGAGUCACCUGUGAUACGCUGGAUGUCAAAGAGUAUUAUGUAUUAUGUCUUCUUAUGCACUUACUGUUGCAUCCUUGAAGCUGUGAACAAUCAUAUUUUUGUAGUAAAUCAGUUCCUGUUUUUUUUUUUUUAGUUCUUCUUUGUUGAAAAGAAAUUUUAAGCCCAAGCAAUGACUCACAUCGCUGUAUCCUUUCAGUUUUGUUUUGUUUUUUGUUUUUUUACACAUAUGCUGCCUACAUAUGCUGUUUCUUUCUUUUUUUAAGCUUCAUAACUUUCAGAGAUGUAAAAUAUCCAACUGCUGAAACAUUAAUAUCCAUUACUGCAUACAUAAGUUGACAACAAAUCUUGUGCUGUUUUCUUAAUGCAAUUCUGUUUAUGUGAAAGGCAAAGAAAAUAAAUGAUAUUGGUUGCAAUAAACUCUUCAAAUGAGGUCACUCAUAGACAGUCAUACACAUCAGCCUCCAUCUGACAUAUAAUGUGGAACAAAAAUUCAAUUUGACAUAUUGAAGUGCUGAUUUCCAUGGAGAGAAUGCUGACUGCUGAGGAGAGGAGAAAAAAAAAUCUGUCAUUCGUCUGAUUGACAUUACAGGCUACUCAAAAAGAGAGAGAGAGAGGGAGAAAGAGAGCGACCGAGCAUCCAUUCAGCCCAGACUAUUCUUCAGUGCAGCCGUCUCCUAGCAACCGGACCCUCCAUCUUUUCACUGUCAAGAUGAGGUUGGACAGUAUCUAGCGGAGCAUAUGGUUUCGAAAGGGAAGGUGCAUCGCAGCCCGAUCAGCAAAGUGUUAGUCGGAG